AUGGCAACUGAAAAAGCACCUGAAGUUUCGUCCGCCUCCAAAAGCGAUGCCGAAGUAUUCCAGCUUGAAGCACUUUCCUUAAAUUACCUACGAAGCCAAAAUAUUUCAGCAAUUCCGGAUGAUAGCCAGAUACCAAAACUUCGCCCGUGCAAGCUCUGCAAUAAAGCUAUACUUAAUUUCCGAUUCGAAGCAUUUACAACACUAUCUUGUGGCCAUAUACUACACCGUUUGUGUAUCGAGAAGCAUAUUAUGCAAGGAGGGGUACGAAGACCUUCAUGCCCAAUCUGUAAUUGGGAUAUCGAGAUUAAUAGAGAAGAACUUGCCCUAGCUUUAGGUGUGUAUCAUAUAGAGUCUAAAGAUCAUGAUAAGGGACAGGCUUCCCAACAAUCGAAUGUAACCAUCACCGAUGAAGAUGACGACGGUGGUUUGGAGAUUAUGCGAAGUAUGGGGUUGAUAGAAGAGGACGAAGUUACAGCUGAGCAAACAAAACAAGUUAAUACGGAGGAUCAAACAAUAGUCCUUACUGUGGAUAAUUCUGUUUCUAUGCAAGAUCAGGCUACAAGCCCCAUUGUGAUCGAGGAUACUAGCACUACACUAGAGAAUUCGGGAAACCAAGCUAACGAAAAUUCUGGCCGUACCACCUUCCCUGAUGAGAGUAGUAACGUAUAUAUUACGCAAGAUUCUGCGAAGGGGUCGAAGCUCUCUAAUUCCGAGGAUCAGACAAAUGCAAAUAAUGAAAAUGAUAUUACCAUGGAAGAAAAUAAUACGUCAAAAACCCAUUCAUCCAGACAAUCAUCCCCAAAAAUUGACCGUGAUCGGAAUAAAUUACUGGGUUUAUUGCAAGAAUUAUCCACACCAAUCAAAGGAGAGACUGAUGAGGAUGGCGACGAUGAAGGUUCUGAUGAAUCAUUAUCCCAAAGUUUAGCCCGAUUAUAUCAAAAAGCGAUUCAGGCCGAAAAACGGGUGACUCAGGCGAAUCAACAUGAAAUUUUGUGUUGGUAUAAGGAUAUGAGGAUAGAGUUGAUAAUAUUAAAACCAAUGAUAAGAGUAUUACGGAUCAAACAGCUAGGAAACAAGUAUACAAUGAAGUUAUACAACAUCUCCCAGGUAUUACAAAGGAUAAUUUACGGAAAAAGACUCAGAAGGCCAGAGUUAUUUAUAAGUUGUUUGGGAAGAUAG